AUGAGGCCUGAAAUCCCCCUUAAUCCCUAUCGCCAGCAAAUUACUGAUGUUGUCCUCCUCGGAAAGACAGGCGAAGAUAUCUCUACCGUGCUGUUUGAUGUUCAUGGACGUGAGGUCACCGGCCGCACGAUCAAUACUCGCCUCCAGGAAUGGGGGCGUAGCUGUCCUACUGGAACCCCUGACGCGCUGGCCAUCGAAUGA